AAUAUUUUUGGUAAUACACUCCAACAAAUUAUGGCACUUCAAAGAGAGCGUUUCCCAAACGAAAAUUUAUCAUAUCCUUUAAUUUUAAAACUUUUAGCCGAGGGUGUUAUCAACUUAAAUGGUCCUUACACCGAAGGUAUUUUCCGUGUCACUGGCAGCGGUACUGAAGUAAACAGAUUAAAGAAACAAAUUAACGAACACGAUUUUCAAUUCGAUACUACUGAUCCACAUGUUUUAGCUGGUUUAUUAAAGUUAUGGUUAAGAGAAUUGGCCCAACCUGUUAUUCCAACUGAACUCUAUUACGAUUGUAUUAAAAGUCGUUCAAAAGAAGAAGUGGUUAGAAUCUCUUCAUCUUUACCAGAGAUCAAUAGAGAGGUUUUAAAUUAUUUAUUAGCUUUCCUAAAGAAUGUUUCUCAACCACAAUAUGCCGCAUACUCUAAAAUGGAUAUCGAUAAUGUAGCCAUGGUAUUUGCUCCAGGUCUUUUACGUUGUCCAACUACCGAUUCAAAUAUGUUAUUAAAUUCACAAUACGAAAAAGAUUUUAUUAAAUGUUUAAUAGAA